GGUAGCAGAGUUCUUCAAUAAUUAGCAAGGUAGAUAAGAAGCAGAUCACCAUCUCUUGACAAGUACAAUUCAACCAUCAGAUUUCUGAAAGAAAGAAUAUGCCAAAAAUAAGUUUCACCAAAUCAAACACAUAAAAUUCAAAUGGGACAAUUAAUUCUAUCUUCGUCCCAGUCAUUUUCACAUUUACUUGAUAUAAUUCCACAUAAACACAAAAACUGAUGACUUCCCUCUCUUAUCUUUCACACAUUUCCCUCUUUGUCACCCACACAAAUUCACUGGUUUUCGACGCACCAGCUCAGAUGCAUCCACAUUCCAAACUCAUGGCAUUUUCUCCACCUCAUAAUCCCUCCUUACCACAUAAUCUAACAUUGUCUUAUCUUAAUUUUCCUGCAGCCUGCAGCCUGCAGCCUGCAACUUUCUGGAAUACCAUUGUCUUUCUUUGUUAUCGAAUCACUUUUAACUUUUUUCCUUGAACUACCGAUUUGCUUCUUAAGUAAUGGCAGCUUCCGAGUCAAACACUAAACUCUUAGAAGAGUUAGAAGAACUCAGCCAAAACCUCUACCAGUCUCACAUUACUGCAACUAGAAGAACUGCAUCACUUGUCCUGCCUCGGUCUUCAGCCCCUCCAAUACCUACUGCGGAUGAAGCUGACCAGGAAAUUAAUGAAGACAGUAGGCCAAGUGGCAAGACGAGGUCCAGGAGAAUGUCCUUGUCACCUUGGCGUUCUCGAGCCAAGGAUGAUCAAGCUCAGGAAAAUGUGCCACAGAAAAAAGAGAAAGAGAGAGAUUUGAAGCUAUUUGAUCAUGAGGAUACAUCAAUGGCGGACAAGAAGGGAAUCUGGAAAUGGAAGCCAAUGCGAGCUCUGUCACAUAUUGGAAUGCAGAAACUAAGUUGCUUGUUCUCUGUGGAAGUGGUUGCAGCUCAGGAUCUUCAUGCAUCCAUGAAUGGGCUAAGACUCUCGGUUUGUGUGAGGAAGAAGGAAACAAAAGACGGGGCAGUGCAUACUAUGCCAUCAAGGGUUUCCCAGGGAGCAGCUGAUUUUGAGGAGACCCUGUUUGUUAAAUGUCAUGUUUAUUGGUCACAAGUGGGUGACAAACAACAGCUGAAAUUUGAACCAAGACCCUUUCUGAUUUAUCUUUUUGCAGUUGAUGCUGCAGAGCUUGAUUUCGGAAGAAGCUCGGUAGAUUUGAGCCGUCUUAUUCAGGAUUCUCUAGAGAAGAGUGCUAAAGGUUCCAGGAUACGACAGUGGGAUACAAGUUUUGACCUUGCAGGAAAGGCAAAGGGAGGACAGCUGCUGCUGAAACUAGCAUUCCAGAUCAUGGAGAAAGAUGGAGGAACUGGAUUGUUCAGUCAGCUUGAGGGGGAAUUGCAGCCUGGAAAAUCAAAAGCUUCUUCUACAUUUGGACGGAAACAGUCAAAGUCAUCAUUCAGCAUACCGAGUCCCAAAUUGUCUAGCCGGGCAGAAGUCUGGACUCCAUCCCACACUGGAACAGCCGCAGAUUUUCAAGGUAUUGAUGACCUGAAUCUUGAUGAGCCUGCACCUGUACCUGCUCCAGCACCUGAACCUCAGAAGCCAAAAGAAGAAGAAGAAGAAGAAGAAUUGGGGAUAGAGGAAAUAGAUUUUGAAGUGGUGGACAAAGGAGUGGAGAUUCAGAACACCGAUGAAACCAAAGAAGAUGAAGAGCUUACUGAAAAAACUGAAUAUGGUUCUUCCACAAGCGAGGUUGUCAAGGAAGUGGUACAUGAUCACGUUCAUCUCACAAGAUUAACAGAGCUGGAUUCCAUAGCCCAGCAGAUUAAAGCCCUUGAAUCAAUGAUGGGCGAAGAAAAUAUGGACCAAUCAAACGAAAACGAUGAAGAAACUCAUGAAGCAGAGAAGUUAGAAGCUGAUGAAGAAAAUGUAACAAUGGAGUUCCUUCAGAUGCUCGAGGAUGAGGAAGCAGUUGAUGAUUUUAACCAGUUUCAAUUUAAAAUGCCUGCUGCUUCUAAAACUGAGGAAACUGCAGAUAAUGCCGAGUCUAUGAGUGUUUUUCUAUCAGAUCUUGGCAAGGGUUUGGGGUGCGUAGUUCAGACUAGAAAUGGUGGGUUCUUAGCUGCCACAAAUCCUUUAAAUGUUGAGGUAUCAAAGACAGACACUCCGAAGCUUGCAAUGCAGAUAUCUAGACCUUUUGUUCUUACUUCAGACAAAUCCAUCAAUGGGUUUGAACUAUUUCAAAGGAUGGCUGCUAUUGGGGUUGAACAACUUAGCUCAGAAGUGCUAUCUUUGAUGCCCAUAGAAGAGUUGAUGGGCAAAACAGCAGAACAGGUAGCUUUUGAAGGCAUUGCAUCCACAAUCAUCAGUGGCAGAAAGACAGAAGGUGCCAGCUCAAGUGCUGCUCGUACCCUUGCUACCAUUAAACAGAUUGCGAGCGCUAUGGGCACUGGCAGGAAAGAACGCGUUACAACAGGGCUUUGGAAUGUCAGUGAAGAUCCACUAACAGCUGAUGAAAUAUUGGCGUUUUCCAUGCAGAAGAUUGAGGCUAUGUCGAUUGAUGCUCUGAAAAUACAGGCAGGGAUAGCUGAAGAAGAGGCUCCUUUUGAAGUUUCUCCAAAUAGUAAAAAAGACCAAAAUCAUCCUCUUGCUUCAGCAAUUCCGCUUGAUGAUUGGAUAAAAGAUAACAAGCUUCAAGAGUCGGAGACCAUCACAUUAGUGAUGGUGGUUCAGCUGCGCGAUCCAUCAAGGAGAUAUGAGACUGUAGGGGGGCCAGUUAUAGCAUUAGUUCAUGCAACUCCUGAGACAAAACAAGAGAAAAAUGAGCUGAUAAAAUUUAGAGUGACUAGUUUGCAUGUUGGGGGGAUGAAUGUUCAAACAGGUCAAAAGAAGAGUGCUUGGGACACUGAAAAGCAGAGACUAACUGCUAUGCAGUGGCUAAUAGCAUAUAACAUGGGUAAGGCACCAAAAAAAGGCAAAUCUCCAAACUGGACGGGGCAGGAUCUGUUAUGGAGCAUUUCAUCAAGGAUAGUUGCAGAUAUGUGGCUCAAGUCUAUAAGAAAUCCAGAUGUGAAAUUCACCAAGUAACACUAGCAUUUUUAUACUUGAAUGUACUUAAACUAUUGUUAAGCAUAUUGAUUUUUUCAAACGUUGCAUCCUAUUCCACCCACAGCAGAACAUGUCAGCAAGUGCAACAAAGUGGUCACUUCAAGUAAAAAGAAUAAACUGAAGGUUUACUGAUCUUCAAUCAAAUAAAUGUAUCAAUCUAAAAACCUACUUCACGUUGGAGCAGGGUAUUCUGUAAUCUGUAACUAAGUCCAUUUUCUUUUCA